AUGCAAGCCGUCCAAGCGUCCCCCGAGGACGCGCAUCCAAAAGUCUCGCCGCCUCGCCAAAACCCAAAAGGAUCCGGCCUGGCCUCGAUUGCCAUUUCGUCUUUUGCCGCCUUUCGGUCGCAGUCCUCUCAGCCUGUGCCCAUCGCCGUCCAGUCGCCGGUGCGCAGAAAGCCCCUGCCUGCAGACUCACCUGUUGUUGCCCGCUUCUCUGCUCAGCAGUCCAAGAACGCCGACGACACUGUAGCCAUCUACAACGACCUUACCCCCGACUUUGACGAGGACCUCUUCCUGCCCCGGGAUCUCGACGACAACCCACACGGAAGGACCCCUCUGACGGCGAACACUCCCAAGAUACCACGAGCCUUGGUCGUCACUAAGAAGACCCCGCCUACCAUUUCGACAGCCCCGAGGCAUGAUCGAGCCUCCAUCAGUGUCCACACCCACCAACCCACCAAGGCCGAGGCGCUGAAGGCCUUUGGCAUCACUGGAGCACACGCCCGCUCUCCUACUAUGCCGAAUAUGCCAUUGUACUCAAGCGCAAUACAACAAGCCCCAGAUCUAAAACUCAACUUGGACCGUGUUACCGAAGACUUCAUGGACGAUUAUUCUUACGCCGAAGACGACUCACGGCCAAAGAAAAACGACAAGCCCAAAUCGCCAGGCGCAGGCUUCACGUCAUUCUUCGGCUGGAAUUCACGGCCGCAGAACGGGGCCGAGUCGCCGGCGACCGCCUUCUCGGGACAGUCUUUAUCUCCCGACUCCCCGCGCAACAAUAAGAUGAACGCCAAGACCAAGCCUAACGGUCUGGACAUUCCAGCCGCCAACUCCUCCUACUUCAACGUUCCCGGAACUCCUCUCCUAUCAUCGUCGCCCCAGAUGAACGCCCACGUAGAGGAACUCGAACGCGAGCUGCGUGAAGUUAGCUCUGAGCUUGCUGCUUCCAUCCAAAGGGAGAUGGAAUUGGAAGAUGAAGUCGAAAGGUGGAAGGCCGAGAGUGCUGCCGGACAGGCAGAAAACCGGAGAACGAGCGAUUACUACUCUGAUUCCGGCACAAGCUCCAUUCGAUUUCCAAUUACUGAUCCCGAAGGCAAAUUGGAAGAGUUGGAGAUGCAGCGGAGAAAAGCAGAGCAAGAGCGCGCGUCGCUCAAGGUGCGCAUGGCCGAACGCUUACAAGAGGAGCUUCGGCGGCGCAGAGAUUUGGAAGAGCAAGUGCAGCAGCUUGAGGACAAAGUCCACGACAAAUCCAGCGCAGGAUCUUUUGUCGAGACGCCCAAGCUCAAAGAACUCUCAUUGUCGCUCGAAGAUGCAAAGAGGCGUCUCGCCGAAGAAAGACAGGUCAAGGAGAACUUUGAGGAUCUGUUGACGGCGCUUCGCGAAGAGCUCGAGAAACAUCGCAACGAGGCCGAUAAUCUGCGAGACGAGGUCGUUCCCCAACUCCGGGCGCGGCUCGAGGUGUUGGAGAGUGACGCAGCCGAUACCGAAAAGCUCGUGUACGAGACGACACGCAUGCAACAAGAAAUUCAACAAUUACGAUCAGAAAACGAGUCGCUUGUUAACGCCCGACGGUCAAUACCGCAGCAGCCUGUGCAGUUUCAGUCCAUUGCAGAAGAAGCAGAGAAGGCAAACAAUACGCCUUUGGCCAGCAUGCGCGUUGGCUUAACCCGUUCAAAUUCUUUAGCCCGCAGCUCAGCCGGGCUCGGUUCCAAAAGGGGUUCGCUGUCGCGCUCCAACUCUGUCAAGGAUAGAUCAGGCGACAUCUCCCCAGUGGGUGCACCGACCGUCAGCAAUCCGAUGAAGGAAUUGGAGGAGCAGCGAGAUGCCCUUCACAAAGCACUCAAAUAUCUCCUUCAACGUCAAGAAUUACAGCAAAAAGAGUUCAAGCGACGCAUCAAAGAGGUAGAGGCAGAGCGAGACGCUGCGUUGAGUCUCACUCCUCGACGCACCGCAUUCCAUAAGGAGGUCACCGGUCUGAGACGGGAGGUCGACUCUCUCCGACGUCGUGCUGACGAAGCGCUUGAACAGAAGUGGCAAUGUGAGAAAGGUCUGAGCGGACUGCGCAUGGAUCUGGAUCGCGCACAACAAGAGACGGGCUCCCUCCGUGAUUUGCUUCAGGAACAUGACAUUUCCAUACCCGAAAUUCGCUUGGAAAACCAGCCCCUGGCCUUGGACAGGGCGUACAAUGAGCUACGAACUACUCAUGCGCUCUCGCUUGCUCGUGUCAAGCAGAUGGAAUCCGGUAGUGAUGACUCGCUCGGUGCUGCUAGUGCCGAAGCAACGCGAACGUUGGAACUAUUGAAGCAGAGCAUUUCAGAUGCAGAGGCUGAACGUGACUAUGCCAUGAACGAAGCAGAGCAAUACCGCAAACAGGCCCGUGCUCUCCGAGAGUCUGAGAUGGAGCAUCUGGGCAAGGAGAAGAGGCUUAGUGGCGACUUGUUCGACGCAGCCACUCGCAUGGACGACCUCUCUCAGAAGAUCCAACAACAACUCACGGCCAACAGCGCUCUGCGAAGCCGUCUUGCCGAGGCCAUCACCCGUGGAGAGCUUGAGCAACAGAAGUCGACUGAACAAAUCAUUCAACUUGAGCAGAAGCUCAAGGCGGCAGAGGACAAGGUCAUGCUCGCCCAACAGUCUUCGGAAGAUGCGGUUGCGCGUCACGAAGACGAGGCUCAAGCCAUCAAGGAGAGCCACACUAACCACCUGCGCCGCAACAAGUCUGGCCUGCUCAGCCCUGCGGCCUUUUCGCCCAAGAUGCCGCCAUCUCCAGUGUUUGCACAGAAAUCUCCUCGCCUCGGUGUCACUAGCAGUGGACCCGCCAUGACGCUUGCCGAAGCCACCAAGACGGAGAUGCUCGAGAAGCGGGUAGAGGAGCUGGAAAAGGCUCUUCGAGAUGCUGAUCACGAGAUGGAAGAGGUCGUCAGCCGCAUGAACACCGCUCAGAUGGAGGUGGCAGAGUUGCAAAUGGAGAGGUAA